AUGGAGCACAUUGCAGGAGCUCUGGGGGGCGAUCUGGGGAGCAAGUUCGAGGUCACGGGGCCAGUGCCGGCUCCGACGUCGAUGCCGUCGCGCUUCGAUUUGUUGUGGGGAAAUGCAAGCGACGGAGUGGACGAGUUCGUUCUGUCAAGCCCGACAGCGUCACGAGACAGUGGUAGAAGCAGAGCAACGUCAGCGGGCAGUACGUUUAUGCUCCCGCCUCCACCGGCGACCAUGACGAAAGCAGCGACGUUCUCAAUGCCAGGGACGAAAGCCACUCGCGAUACGAGUGCAGCGGAUCUAUUGUCAUUCUCUCCUGUGCUGACGUCGGUGCCAAUUGAUCCGUUCUUUGGACUCGAUGACGGUAUAGAUGAGACGAGCACGGCGGCAUUUGCAACCGGCGACAUGUUCUCGACGACAGCAACGUCGCCGCUGUCGACAACAUUUUCGCUGGCGCCAACGUCUCAGUUUGCGUCAUUUGAGUCGUUGCAUGAUGAUGGGGAUACUCUGGGACUCCCUGAUGCCACGCGUGGUGAUACGGACGAUAAGACAUCGCCGCGCGAUCCGAUCGUCGAACACACGACGCAGUCCUUUGGCUCGCUGAGCUCAACAUCGGUACUUGCGGACGCAGACAAUGACUCAUGUAGUGAAAAUGAAGCACACUUGCUGGUCAAUAGGACCGCGUGUGCUACACUGGAAGUAGCACCGCCAUCACGUGCCCCUCCUUCUUCGCAGUGGUUUGGUACAACGACGGACGAGAUUGCGAACGUUGUGCCUGGCACCAACAGCUUGGACACGGCAGAUCCUUUUGCAGGGGCAGGUCUGGCUACUCCAGACAAGGCACCUUCGGAUGUUCAUUUUGCUGCAUGGAGUGCUGCCGUAGAAGUCGCUGCGGAAGAAGGCGAAGAUGAGGAUGAUGACAGCAAGCGAAUAAGUGAAGAAGACAAUGGAGACAUGCGGGAGCCGACUGUAGAUACGUCAGAUGACUAUAUCGGGCCUGCAUCUGCUGCCGACGGUAGCGGUAAGGUUGGCUUGACGAGAAGUACGAAGACGGAAGACUCGCUAGACGCUUGCGCGAUUACAACAUGGUGCGAGGACGAGGAAGGUCUCGAUGAUUCGUUGACGAACAGGCAAGUGACUGCCGGUAUUCCCGUUGUUCGCUCUCCUGUCGUUGCGGUAGCGCUCUACGUCGAAGAAGAUAAGCAGGUAGCUGGCGUGGCGAGUGACGGCAGUGAACACGAGACGAGUGAUUUGCGAGACGACAUAUCUAGUGACGUUGGUGAGGACAUUGAGACUGAUGUCGCGUCCAGGGAAAAUGGAGGUUUUGCCUACCGCGUGGAGCAGAGGUCGUCGGACGUGAACGAGAGUCCGCUGGAGAGUAGGCAGAUUGGAGUGUUUUUGUCGACAGGUACGACUGCGGAUCUAAACACUGGAAGUGCUAGUCAAGCAGCAACUGACUUUGAUGAUGAAGCAAAAGAAGGGAACGUUGUACCACAUCGUGACACGUGUGACGCGUCACCUGCUGCCUCAGUGGAUGUUUCAAUCACAUCAGAGGCUCCCGUGAACAACGCGGUAGCAGGCACAGAUAAGCGAGAUGGACAAGCACAAGCCACGGUGGCGGGUAGCGACGACGGCUUUGACGACUUCGAUGACUUCGGUGUAGCAGUGUCACCUAUGAAUACGGCACCAAGCAUUCUAGAUGCGUCGUUGUCGGGACCGCUCACGCCGCCGGUUGUAACUCAUGAGCCGCCAGCUGACGACGAGUUCGGGGAUUUUGCUGUGUCUACAUCUACGUCCAUAGCUGCAGACAUUGGUUCUGUAGACGACGGUUUUGGACAUUUUGCACAAAGCGUGGAGCUAAGUGGCGACGACGACUGUUUUGGUGACUUUGGAGACUUUGAGCAGGUCCCAGCAAGUCACGACGAUGUGUUCACAGAUUUCCAGCAGUCGAGUGCAAGAGCGUUUGAGGACAUUGAUGGUGAUUUUGGCGAUUAUCGCUCGGCCGGUGAUCUGGUAACGGAGCGCCCAGCUGUGGGAAAUUUUCCUCGUUCGAAGGCAGAUAUGUCGACGUUUUUCAAGGAAGCAUUUCCAGUCGAGCCUUUACGAGCGGUUUUGGUCGACGAGCCAGAAAGUCCAGCUGACGUCAAGGCUACCGAGCUCGCGCAAAAGUCGUCAACGUUGUCGACAGGUUUUAUUCGAGAAGUGUAUCGCAGCAUGUGGGACGAGCUUUUUUCUACCUUGGCUGCGACGGGUCACAAGCUACCGUCUCCAUCCGGAUCGCUUUUGGCUUCUGUGGACUCGAAUGUCGAUGGGGAGUGCGUGGAGAAGAAGACGGAGCACGCUUCGAAAUAUUUGAAGUAUGUGCUGUCUGAGAAGAUCCAAGAGGCGUCCCGACAGAGCGGCAUCUUCACGCCAGGCUCGGAAAGUCAUCAGAUGCAUGUGGAGAUUGCAGCGUCAGGUGAUGUGGAGCGCAUGUGUGUCGCUUUGAGGGAGUUGCAGGAUGCGCUGUUUCAUAGUUCAGUGAACGACGCGAUGAUGCGAAUCGCGAAGCAGGCAGCGAUAUCGGCAAAAGCCAAGAUUGCUGAGCAGGCUGCUCAGCAGCAUGCGACUUCACGUGGUGGAUCCUUGUUUUUUACGACGCGUCACUUGUUGUCACGGGGUAGCGGUAGCGGAGGAACGCAUGGCCCUGGCAGCAGCAGUAGUGACAGUAAGGCAGAUCAUGCUGUGUCCGACACUCCAACGGGCGCUUCCGUUCAGAAGCUGGCUCGCUUCUCGCACGCUACUGGACACAAUGACCUAUCGAUUGGCCACCGUGCCACGAACCGCGAGGAUCGAGUGUCAGAUGGAAGUGAUCACACGGGACACAGCAGUGGUAGCGACACGGAAGCUGCAUCUGGCGUCGAAAAUCGGACUCGAAGUCCGACACUUUCGAAUAGUGGCAGCAGCAGUGGUGGUGGCCUGAUGAGGAAGUUUCAAGACCGCUUUUCGUUUACUAGCUCCAGGUAUCGUCCGAGAUUUGUAAGCCUUCGACGAAAAGGACAGUCCGGCGAGGAAGUUCGUAAGAUGGAGCUCAACUUGGACGCCAUCAGUGGAGGCCUCGACGAAGUGAAGUGGAAGUGCGCUCUGUUCUUAUAUGACGUCGACGAGGUCACUCACGUGGCGCCCUCGCAGAUCUGCAUUGUGGCGUACCCGAGCAAACAGCCGCUGUCAGGCAAGACCGAUCGUAGUGCGCUGACAAAGCUGGUAAAGCCUGGUACGAUUUGGACCAUCGAUAUUGGCGCAAACAACAGCGAUAUGCUCAACGAAUGGUGA